AUCAUUGUGUAUCGCUUUGGAAUUGGUCUCCAUUAAUAAAUAGUUAUUAAAUAGUACACACCAAACAAUACAUUCACUUCACAAUUCGUUUUCUACUUUUAUGAAACAAAUCUUGCGCAAGUUCCAACAAGAAGAAAAUAGUGAUAACAUAGUAUCAGCAAAUGGAGUUUUUCCAUAAAGCUAAAGCCGUUAGGAUGCGUAACAUCCACGAGAAGUAUCUAAUGGCGGAAGAAGACGUGGAGUCGGUGACUCAAGAAAGGAAUGGUUCCGAUAAAAGAGCUCGAUGGACCGUCGAACCUGUUCGUGGUUCCUUUGAAGCGAUCCGUUUAAAGAGUUGCUACGGUAGCUACCUCACCGCUUCGAACGAGCGGUUUUUGCUCGGUGCCACGGGUCGUAAGGUGGUAUUGUCGAAGCUGAGUGGACUUGACUCAUCCGUAGAGUGGGAGCCGGUGAGAGAAGGAUCAAAAGUAAAGCUCAAGACUAGACAAGGUCACUUCCUCCGAGGCAAUGGUGGACUUCCUCCGUGGCGUGACUCAGUCACUCAUGACUCUCGUCGUAGCUCGGACUCGUUCUUGUGGGAUGUUGAUGUUGUCGAAACGACGUCUCUGGCUCUAGUUCCGGUUGCAACUCCUCCGCUACAUAGGAGGCAGUCAAGUCCUCCGAUGUCUAGGACCUCUUCAGAAAAAUCUGAGCAAGAGGGUGGAACCGUUGUCGCAGGCGCUAAGGGAAGAGACUAGCAUUGGACAUGGAUGAUGCUGUUGUGUGUAUACGCAAUCCCUUAGACGGCAAGCUGUUUCCUCUUCGUAUGCAGUUUCCGCCAAAUAGCAAAACAAUGCAUGUCGUUUAAGUAGCUUCAUUUACUUCUUAAAUGGUAUGCUGUGUGUGUUUUGAAAUAGUGGUCGAUGUAUGCACAAGUUUGGGAGAUGGUGUUACAGAAAUUAUGAUUAUUCCUCGGUUCCGUUAUAUAAGAAUGUAAACUAUGCAAUAUAUAAAUAGAUUAUUAUUGUGGGUACAAAUCUUGCAAUUUAUUGUACAUCAUUUAUUUUGUAAACGUAUUUUAUAUGUGAACAUUUGCCAUCAAGAAUGAUGUUUGUUA